UGGCGGCGAUGCCAUCUGGUCCCGCGUCUGUGACGAGCUUGGUGGGCAGCUGGGGGUCGAACGGCCGCAAGGCCGUCUCACUUGUCAUUGCUUUCAAGAUGGCUUGGUACGCCUGUUCGCACUCCUUGCUCCAGAUGAACCUGGCGUGCUUUCUUGUGAGUUCUCGCAAGGGUUUGGUCAGCUGAGCGUACGCUUGUUCAGAGUUGAACAUGAAGCGCGCAUUGUACUGGCAAGCUUGAAGGAAGCUGCGUACGUCGUCGGUGGUCUGGGGAGGUCCCGCUUCCCUGAUCGCUUUGACCUUGCGGGGGUCGGCCGACAUGCCGGACUUGGAGAAGACCCAGCCGAACCAGUUCACUUCUUCGGAUCCGAAGGUGCACUUUUCCUUUCGCAGAGUUAGUCCUCUUUCUUGCAGUCUCUGGAGGCAUGCGUCGAGGUUCGUGGCAUGCUCUUCUGCGGUCUUGCCCCACACGAGGAUGUUGUCGUGUAUAGAUGUACAUCCCGUCAAUCCGCGCAGGGUGGCACUGAUGCGGUCGUGAAAGAUGUCAGAUGCUGGCGACGCUCCAAAGAACAGUACCUUGAAGCGGUGCAGGCCUUCGUGAGUGCGGAAGGCACCCAUCUUUCUCGACUCCUCUGCCAGAGCCAGCUGGUGAAAACCGUGGCUCAUGUCCAGUUCCGAGAAGACUCUCGCUCCUUCCAACAUAUGGCGCAUCUCGGCGACGGUUGUCACAUGUCGCGGCGUUCUCCGGAUGGCUUUGUUGGGCUCCCUCAUGUCGAUGUUCAUCCUGAUUUUCCCAGCUUCUUUCUUCUCGGUGAUGACGACAUUGGAGAUCCAUGGACACUCUUCUUGUGGUCCGACGUCUUCGAUUUUUCCUUCCGCUCGCAGCUCGGCUAGGUGAGCACUGAGACGCUCUUGGUAGGCCAGGGGAACAGGACGGUAGGGUGCGACGACUGGGGUCGCCUCCGGAUCAAUGUGGAAGGAGACUUCAUCGUCCUUCAGGAGGCCUACUCCUUCGAAUACCUUCUUGUGCUUAUUGACGAUUGCUGCGAUCUUACGUCUGUCGUCGCCGGAAAUAUCCUGACUCGUGCAUUUCUUGGCUUGCACUGUCACGCCAGCAGCUGCGAGGGUGUCGACGAUUCCUGCCACGCCGACAACAUGGCCGGGUGGCUCCCCCUCGCGAGCCGAUCCGCCGGCGUCGAUGUGGAGGAUGCCAAGCGCCUUGGCGUCCGCGUCACCCAGAAGCGGCUCCGCUAAGUGUCCAUCGAUGAUGUACACAGUCGUGUGACACUGUGCCCCGUUUCGACUCUGAAGGGUGGCUCGCAUCUCUCCCUUCACUCUCAGAAGGGUUGCUGUCCCGUACGGCCUCAGUUUGACGGAUGAUGCCUCCAGUUUGCCAAGGGACGCGUGGUAGGCGCUGACAGGGAUGAGCGUCUUGUUGCAGCCGGAAUCCACGAAGAAGGAGGUGGCGGUGCCGUUGACAGACACCUGAACAACGUUUGCAUGUCCAGGCUGGAUCAUGCCGACCUCCACGACACGACCCACGCUGUUCUUGUCGUCCACCUCGAACUGGUACGCUUCCUCAUCGUCUUCAGCAGUGAAGCGGACUUGAGCCUUGGUGCAGCUAGCAGCUCCUACGAAGUGAUUCUUCUCACCACAGAGAGCGCACGUCUUACCCCUAGCCGGACAGCGGCCCGGCGGGUGCGGUCGGUAGUGCGGCGGGCAGUUCUUGCACCUGACACGUGGGCCCGCACCUCGGCCUCCCUGGCCACUGGGUGUCCUCGUUGGCUGGUUGAUGCUGUAGCGCCCUCUGGUGGCUACCCGUGCCACAGACUCUCCCACUUCUGACUGAAUUGCGCCGCUGGAUUUCCUGGCCUGCUCAUAUCCCAGGGCCGACUUGACGAGCGUCUGCAAGUCGGGGUCUCUGGCCAGGGCUUCUUGUCUCAGGCGCUCGUCUGACGUACCGAAGAUGAAGGCGUCUUUCUUGGCCCGCUCUGGAGUGUAGGGGUUGGUGUCAAACUGGCACUGGGUGGCAAGCGAGUCCAACUCAUCGAGGAAUUCAGUCACGGUCUUCUCUCCUUGCCGUGCAUGCAUGAGCCGGAAGACGGCCAUGGACAGGUUGACAUGCUGUCUGCAGUGCGCCCGGAUCUGGACGAUGGCGGCCUUGAAGGUGGUGGGAGGGUCUGACUCUGUGUCGACUCCUGCUACCUUAGCGAGCUUCCGUAGGUCGCGGCCUCCCCACAGGAGGAGCAGGUUGAGCUUUUGUGUGUCAUCGGUCACACCAAGGGAGUUGACGAGGAGGCUGGCAUGUUCAAGCCACUCUUCGAAGAUGUCGUGGUAUCUGGCGGGGUCGGUUCCCAGGACACAGGGUUUGCCGGCUGUCGCGAGGCCGGCAUCAGGGAUGAGUGACAUCCUCGUCGCCAGUGUAAAGAAGUCGUCUGCCCUAGCUUGUUUAUUCACAGCCCGUUGCUGAGAGGCCAACACACCUGAGGGAGGCAACACACUGAGUCACCGUUGAGGUCCAACACUACAGAGCUUGAAUCAACUAAACUGAAAUAUGACAUCUUCUCUGGCUGGAAAGGUGGCUAUUGUCACCGCUUCUACUGCUGGGAUCGGACUGGCCAUUGCGCGCCGGCUCGGCCAGCAGGGCGCCCAGGUGGUGAUCAGCAGCAGGAAGCAGGAGAAUGUCGACACCACGGUACAGCAGCUCAGCGGCGAGGGCCUGAACGUGGCCGGCGUCAAAUGCCACGUCGGUAACCCGUCCGAGAGGCAGGCGCUCGUCGAGAGGGCAGUUGAGAAGUUCGGUGGUAUCGACAUCCUGGUGUCCAAUGCGGCUACCAACCCCGUGUACGGCGGCCUCCUGGAUUGCCCGGAGGCCGGCUGGAACAAGAUAUUCGACGUGAACGUCAAGUCGGCCUACCUGUUGACCAAGUUGGUUGUGCCCUACAUGGAGGCGCGCGGCGGCGGCUCCAUUGUCUUCAUCGCGUCUGUCGUCGGACAGAUUCCCAGCAUGGGUAUCGCAGCCUACUCCGUCAGCAAGAAGGCUCUGAUCGGUGUCAGCGACCUCUUCGCCAAGGAGUGCGCCCCGAAAAACAUCCGCGUCAACGCCGUGGCUCCGGGCUUCAUCGACACGAGCUUCAGCUCCGUGCUGGUCAAAAACGACUCCAUCCGAAAGAGUUUGGAGAAGAGCAUCUACCUGGGAAGGAUCGGUAAGCCGGAGGAGGUGGCUGGCGUAGCGUCCUUCCUCUGCUCCGACGACGCCUCCUACAUUACCGGCGCAGUCAUGAACGUCAACGGAGGUAUGCUGGGCAGCACCAUCUAGCGGAUGUCUGCGGCACGGGGUUAAUAUAGAGGUCGCUGCCAUCGCCGUGUGAGCUUUCCGGUGAAGCCAGGUAGUCUCGGGCGGCUUUUCCGGUGCAGUAUAGUGGGUUGAUAUUUUCUGUAUGUGUGGUUGUGGUUUGUGUGAAUGUUAAGUUUUAUAGAGUAUUCACGCAGUGCUUAUGGGACAGAAACGGUCGAAGCAUCUUUGAUCCGUUUUUUACUCAUGGUCCUACGUGGUUCUUUAUACUGCCAGCCGUUUGUCGCGUAAACCGAAUUAUUGUGCAGCCAGGCAUGAUUGUGGUCUGAGCAGGAUAAGUACACAUGUGCGCGCUGGGCUAUUUACCCAUCGGCCUAUCGCACACUUUGUUGCAAUACUGAUGAUUGCUCUAGCUCCCCACAUAUUGCAUCUACUCGUACGUCCGCGAGAUAAAUGAAUGCGCGACGUUGAUUGAAUAACCAAUAAGGCUGUAACGUCAAUGCAAUCAAUGUUGGAGUGCCAGUCUGGAGGAUACUAAUUACUAUGCGUCCCGCUUGUUUUGCCACAUCAGGUUUUGAUAUAGCAUGUUUGUGAAUCGCCAAUGAUGAUGACAAGUUCUUGACCUAAUUGUGGCUAAACUAUUUGGCCGUCAGGUAUUUGUGGCUAGGAAUGUGAGCCGAUCUAUAUUCGGUGAUUAAUCUAACAAAUAUAUUUCAACUGCCCCAA